AUGCCAAGCCAUCCAAACAGCAUCACUGUUAUUUUCUUUGCAAAAGAGAGUGAAGAUUGUAGCCUUACUACAACAAGGGAAAAUUUGAUUAAACCAGUGACCAUGCAUUUCAAACAAGGUUUAGGCCAGAAGUUCAUACAACCCUCUAGAACUGGGAUAGACUUCUCAAUGUUUGAUGAGAGAGAGUUACUGGCAGAGGGUGAUAUGGAAGUGUAUCCUCUAGCAGUGAAGGCAGAGGCAUCCCCAGUUAGCCAAAAUGAAUCGACAGAUGAAAACCCAGAGUUUGGAACCACAAACUCACAAAUAACUAAGGUGGUGUUUGAGAAUGAGAAAGGUGAAUACAAGGUGAGGUUGGUGAAGCAAAUCUUAUGGGUAAAUGGGAUGAGAUAUGAGUUGCAGAAGAUUUAUGAGAUCGGGAAUUCUGUCAAUGGUGACUUUGAUGGGAAUGAUUUUGGCAAAGAAUGUGUUGUCUGUCUAUCGGAACCUCGGGACACAACUGUUCUUCCCUACCGACAUAUGUUUCUCAACGUAACUAUAAUAGCCAACUCUCCUUCUAUAAAAUUUAAUCUCAAACCCCUUCGUUUGAAAUCCGUAUAUCCAAAUGUAGCCUAUGUGUGUGUGUGUAUUUAUACUAGUGAUGGGUGUAAAUUUGAUGAGUUUGAUGAAUGA